GUGAAACUGUUCUGUUCGCGGGCCGAUCGCAAAUGUCGUUACGGAGUCAGUAAUACCAAAUGCCACACAAAGUCACAGCGAAGCGGUCAAUGCGGACUUCCCAACUGGCAGGGUCCGAUCGGAAUGGCAGAAUGCUGAUUCAUCUGCUCGUCUUCGUUUCGCUCACGGAAGCGAUUGGCGCCUUUCAGCCGGAGUUCGUGGAGAGCAUUUCCAACGUGUCCGUGGCGGUCGGACGGGACGCCACCUUCACGUGUCACGUCCGACACUUGGGCGGCUAUCGGGUGGGCUGGCUCAAGGCCGACACCAAGGCCAUCCAGGCCAUCCACGAGAACGUGAUCACCCACAACCCGCGGGUCACGGUCAGCCACUUGGACCAGAACACGUGGAACCUGCACAUCAAGGCGGUUUCCGAGGAGGAUCGCGGUGGCUACAUGUGCCAGCUCAACACGGAUCCCAUGAAGAGCCAGAUCGGCUUUCUGGACGUCGUCAUUCCGCCGGACUUCAUCAGCGAGGACACUUCAUCCGACGUGAUUGUUCCGGAGGGCAGCUCCGUGCGUCUGACAUGUCGGGCACGUGGAUACCCGGAACCGAUUGUCACCUGGCGGCGCGAGGACGGCAACGAGAUCGUCCUGAAGGACAACGUGGGCACCAAGACCCUGGCCCCCUCCUUCCGCGGCGAGGUGCUGAAGCUGUCAAAGAUCUCGAGGAACGAGAUGGGCUCCUACCUGUGCAUCGCCUCCAACGGAGUGCCCCCAUCGGUUUCGAAGCGCAUCUCCCUCAGCAUUCACUUUCAUCCGGUCAUCCAAGUGCCGAAUCAAUUAGUCGGCGCACCACUUGGCACUGAUGUCCAAAUCGAGUGUCACGUCGAGGCCUCGCCCAAAUCAAUUAACUACUGGAUUAAGGACACGGGAGAGAUGAUUGUGACCUCGAUCAAGUACCAUGUGCAGGAGAGCUCGCAGUCGAUGUACGAGACCAAGAUGUCGAUGAUAGUCAGGAAGUUCCAGAAGGACGACGUCGGCUCCUAUCGCUGCAUAGCCAAGAACUCCCUGGGCGAGGUCGACAGCAGCAUCCGUUUGUACGAAAUCCCCGGACCGAAUCGUAAUAAAAAUCCGCUGAACGGCGGCGGGAAGGGAGGCGCCGGGGGCGGCGGGGCGGGCGGAAGCCUGGAUGCGGAUGCCAACGACAUUUUGAAGCAGAAACAGCAAGUCAAAGUCACCUACCAGCCGGAGGACGAGGAGCUGCAGUACGGCUCCGCCGAGGACUUCGAGGCGGAGGGCGGCGAGGGCGGCGGGCUGACGCCGUUAUCGCCGCACGUUUACUACACCAACGGCAAUAAACCGGCCACACAUAAGCCAGGCGGCUCCGGCGGCAAUCAGCACCAGCAUCAGCAGCACCACCACCACCACCACCACCAGCAGCACGGGGGUGGCGGCUCAGUGGGCGGGCCGGUGGGCGGCGGGGCGGGGUCGCUGGGUGGCGAGCUGGGCGGCAUCACCCGCAAGCCGCCGCCCUACUUCGGCGGCAACACGGAGGUGCGCGGCCCCAUCGACAACAACGAAAUCAGCUCCGGCUCCGGCGACUCGCGGCUGGGGCAUCGGGGUCACCACCUGCCCCUGCUCCUCAGCCUCCUCCUCUUCCUGCUCCUGCCCCGGAGUUGGCACUGCCGCCAGGUGGCCUCAAUGCUGCUCAGCCUCUUAUAAUACGCAGCCUGAUGGACUCACCGACAUUGGCAUCGGCAUCAGCAUCAGCACACUUAGCAACAAACUCAACAACACAUCGUCGCAACGAAGGAAUAGGAUUCCACAAUAAGGCAAUCAUCCACAACAGGUUGCAGUGUGAGAUACCCAGUGAAAGGGUGUUGGGAACACUUUCAGUAAAAAAAAACGCGAAUGGCGUACUAUUACCUACCAAACACCACACAACAUUUCCACACAACAUUUCCACACAACAAUUCCACACAACAUUUCCACCAACAGUUUCAACAACACUUUCACCCGCAUCGAACAACAUAUAUUGCAAGGAGGAAAUUCACUAACAGGUUUGUAUUAAGCAGUCCAAGGGACUCUACUAAACUUUAGCGAAAAAAAAAACAGAUACCACAAACGUUUUAGAGUGUGAGAGUCCGAGGGACCGAGCAUUCGCGAACACUGUCACCAAAUUUCAACAACACCUUCACCAACAGUCUCUCAGGCAAUCAGAGUCAGAGAGACCCACACAAACAUGUUGUAGUAGUAAAUGUUAAAUUGUUUAUAACAGAAUCGAAAAAGCAGGGAUGGUGUUGGGAGGCAUCCGUAUUUAGUGAAUGUAUUUAACGCAGGAAUUUUAGUGUUACCGAAACAUUUGUAAGGGGGUUGCACUGUUAAGUAAUCUCGUCUAAAAGUUAAGGGUACCCAAGGGCAUUUACUGUCUGUCGAGCUAUGAACGAAACUCGCGUCGAAAGAUCCUUUUCUCCGACGCAUUUUUACUGGGGAGUAAAACUUGAGAUUUAUCAUCUAGUUGUCGAGUCAACAACUUCCGCUUCAUUCGUUAGUAAUCAACCCUUGCCAGCUUCGGCUGACUUUUUCAUUAAAAUUUUGGCGGCUGACACACCUUUCGCCGAUUUCCAAUUUCCCAAACCGAUUUGUACAGCCUUCGAAGGGUCAAUUAAAAUGAAAAAGUCCGCAAAAACAAAGGAAAACUUAUUCGAUUUAUACAAAAAUGAUUUCUUGUGCUUUUUGUUCGUUCUUCGUUAAUGUGGGCUACUUUUUGCUGAUUUCUGUUCAUUUGUUCAUUUGUUCAUUUGUUCAUUUUAACUUUGAUUGACAUUGGCAGGGGACACGAAAAGGUGUGGGGUUAUGAUAAAUGGACCUCGAGCCCUUUUCUAAUUUAUUUUUCGGCAGCAUUCCCAAUUGCUCUCCUGCUGCGCCUUUAAAAAUAAUUAAAUUGCUAAUUUUUAUGCAAAUUAUUCGCACACAAGCCGCGAGCUUAACCCCUGUCUUCCUUUAACCCCUGUUUCAACAACUAGUUCUUGGUGUUUGCCGAAACUUUCGAGUUAUUUUCGUUUUAUUUUUCAAGACGAUGCAGUGGAGUGUUUCUGUUUUUGUUUUUGUUUGUGGCAACGUCUUGUCUUUGCAGCUGGGUGUGCGAGUGUGUGUGGGCGUGCGUGUGUGUAUUUUUUUUGAAAGUGUGUUUGGCAGCUGUGGGGCACAAGUUGUGGACACAGAAAACUCUCGGCUCCCAUCUGCGUUGCAUUUGCUUUUGAUGAAUUACUUGCAUGUCAGUUAACCACACACAUAUCACACACACACCCACACCCACACACACAGACACGCACAAACACACUCACACACACACAGCCACGUUUUUAAUGAAAUGAAAACUUUUUGGCAAAGUGAAUUUCAUUGUAAGCAGCGACCCACCCCGAAGAACCCAAAACAAUCCUCUGCCAGAACUUAAAACUAAAAUAAAAAACCAAGGCAGCUACAAAUAUACAAAACCGCCAAAAGCUGCCACUGAUGAUGAUAAUAAGACGCUGACAACCGCAGCAACAGCAACACCAACAACAGCAACAACACGAACACAGCGGCAGCAACAGCAACAGCAGCAGCAACAACAACCCAAGAACAAGUCGCUGAAGGGAGGGGGCCUCGGAGGGUUAAGGGGGCCAAGCUGCGGGGGUGUUUUGGCCACGUUGACACAAGUGUUUCAAAUUACACAGACUGCGAAGAAAAGGAAGCCAAGCAGCAACGUACAACAUCGAAAACUAGUCAACCGGCAGCAACACUUUUCCUGAUGUUGCAACUUGCAAGGUUCCUCUGCACUGUGUGCCAUGGUGUUGCUGCUGCUGUUGCAGCUCCUGCUGCCACUGUCCAUCGGUGAUUUUGCUGCAGCUCGUGUUAAUGUUGAUGUUGCUUGUUCGACAGCCACCUCAUGUUGCAGCAGGCAGAGCCCCGCCAAACAUUUCGGGCUCCCUUUAAGCUGCAAAGGAGUGCUGCUCCCAAAGGACUGCCUAUGUACCUAUUAAAGAGUGUUCCUUUUCCCAAACAUCCAAUCGCCCUUUGUGGUCUUUAACAUACUCGUCUACCCGCAACACCGUCGUGCUGGCUACGGUAAUGUUGGGCCAAGCAUUUCAGUUGUUUCUGCACUCCGGCUCCACUGCAGUUCAUGCCACUUGAGCUAAUUCUAAGGCUGGUGUCGCCGCGGGGUGUUGCUGCUGCUCACAUCGCUUGUGCUGCAACUCCUCUUGUUGUUAUCUGUGGUGGCUGCUGCUGCUGCUGCUGCUGCCACUGCCACACUUUCUGCCUUUAAAAUCGCGCAUCCUUUGUUGUCCUUUGUUGUACUGCGUAAAUAGCACAAGAAGUAUAAACACACAACAGCAAUAAUGUCGGGCCAACAUGCGCACAGAACAAUCACAGAGGAGGAAAUAUGAGAUGACUUAAUUAUUUUCAAUUUAAAUUUGAACAGCACCAUACUAUAUAUUUAGUUAUCAAGUUUCAUUUUCCCUAUUUAUCUCUAACUAAAAACUUGUUUUUGAUAUUAUUUGUUGGUGAUUUUAAAAAGAUUUCUUGCAAAUAGUUUUUUUGCCAGUGCACAUAUGCAUUUUGCUGCUUAUGAUUGUUAUGGAGUCGCAGAUUGAGUUGUUUUUUUUGGGGCUUUUCACGACACUUGUAAUCAAGUUUUACCCGCCCAUUGGUGUGUGUGUGUGUGUGCGUGUGCGUGUGAGUGGUGCCUCUUUCUCUGUCUCUGUCUUUCCGAGUGUUGCAUACUUCUUUGGGCGGAGGAGAGCGAGAAGACGCGCCUAAUUGCUCUAUUUGAUGCCUUCAAAUUGUAUUUUAAUUUCGCAUUUCCCUUUUUAUCAUUCCUCCCACUGUGACUGCUGUCUUUAAGUUGCUUUUGUUUCGUGAGUGGAAAUGGAAUGGAAAGCGAGGAGAAAAUAGCUGUUCUUGCGACUAAAAGUCGCUUCAAUCUCUGGUCGAAAAACGUUUUCGAAGCUGUUUGAACUCGUUAAUAUCCAUGUUCUUCAGUUGCUUGUUUCGGAGUAUUCAGUGUUGACUUUAAAAUCUUCCUUUCCCUUAUAUUAUUUUAUUCGUUUAAAUUUGUCAUCAUACUAUAUUAUUUGGUGUGUUUUUAAAUAAUGAUGAUUUUUGUAAAAAUUCUUCUGGUAACCAGUAGUAAUUUAUUUUCCGUGAGGGCACUUCUUGGCCAUCCUUGGACUAAGUUGUAUUUCUGGUCCGCCUCACCCUCGUCAUAAUUCUGAAGCCAUUCUUUCGGCGUACUUUUUCCAACCGCCUUUGUUUUACUGCGGCUUAUUGUGUUGUGCAGUGUGGCGAACUUGUAUCUAUUUAAAUUUUGUGUGUGGCAACAUGUUUAUUUUAUAACCCGAAGGCAAGAGGAAAAUGCAGGGGGAGCUCGGGAGUUUGCUCAUGUUUGACGGAAGUUUAAUUGAAU